CGCCUCCUUUCGAAGACGAAGAUGAUGGCUCGUCACGGGCUCGCGGUGGUCUCGAUGUCGGUCUUCACCCCGCCCUGUUAUCGGAUACCCUUGAGUUCAGAGGUGGCAAAGGACGGCAAUCCAUGCAGUCGAAAAGCCGCAGGACCGAGUCUCCGGCUACGGCAGGCCGGCCUGAUCGAGCCGGUCUUGAUCUCUCGGGCCCGUCUCUGGAGGAAAUCAAGAACAACCCAUACUUCGAUCCGAGCCUCGGUCCCAAGGCCACAAUCGCAAAGCCCCGACAAUCCCGGCAGCUCAUUUUCAACCAGAAGGGCAAGUACAUCCAGCAGGCGGCGGCGCUACGGCGACAGGCUCAGCUGGAGGCUAUGAAGAAGCGGAUCGCAGAAAGAGCUCGACAGGCCGGUAUCGACGAAGACUUGGACGUUGAGAAGGGCUUCCUGGUACCAGCGCCUCCAGCGAUCGAAUGGUGGGAUGAAGGGUUGGUCGAUGGCGAGGACUACUCGGCUAUCGAGGAUGAGCAGAAGCUCAAGAUCGACACACCCGACACGAUCAUCACGCAAUACGUUCAACAUCCCGUCCUUCUCGACCCUCCCCAGGAAAAAUUCUUACCACAACAAAAACCCAUGUACCUCACACCGAAGGAGCAGGCCAAGAUCCGUCGCCAGCGACGAAUGGCAGAUCUCAAGGAGCAACAGGCGAAGAUCAGACUGGGUCUGGAGCCGGCGCCGCCCCCCAAGGUCAAGAAAUCGAACCUGAUGCGAGUGUUGGGCGAGCAGGCAGUCAAAGACCCCACCGCCGUGGAAGCACGCGUCAACCGGGAGAUUGCGGAGCGCAAGGACAAGCACGAGGCUGCCAACGCUGAGCGCAAAUUGACCAAGGACGAGCGACGCGAGAAGCUCGCGCGGCAACAAGAGGCUGAUGCGGAACGUGGUGUGCUGAUGACGGUAUAUCGUAUCGACACGCUCGCCAACGGACGACACCGAUUCAAGAUCGGCAAGAAUGCCGAACAGAAUGCCCUCACGGGGGUCUGCGUCAUGCAUCCUCGAUUCAAUCUGGUUAUUGUCGAGGGCGGUGCUCAUUCGAUCAACAACUACAGAAAACUGAUGAUGAACCGCAUUGACUGGACGGAAAAUGCGGGCCCCGGAGCGGUACGAGAGGGCAAUCGCGAAGCUCAGGCAGCGUGGUUAGCCGCCGAGGAUGAGCAGACCGGCGAGUUGAAAGAUUUAAGCCAUAAUACUUGCGAGCUGCUGUGGGAGGGUCAGGUCAAAGCCCGAGCAUUCCGGAAGUGGUUGGGGGCGCGCGUUUGCGAGACUGAUUCCCAAGCAAAGGAUGUCUUGGCUCGAGCGAAGCUGGAGAGCUUUUGGGCGUUAGCAAAGAGUGCCAAGCAGAGCGAGGCGUAAAGUAUUUUCGUGGUCUUAGAGAGAAGUACUAUGCCCAUGAUCAUUACGGGAUUGGGGGUGCUUUACCAUAAGAUGCUACGCCAGUGACGUGUAUAAUUAGAACUCAUAACCUACUCAUGAUAUUCGGACUGCACCAGUCUGCACACUGUACAUAUUCAGAGACGCUACAUGUUGAACCGGUAAACGGGAGGUGAAAACUUUUGAUU